AUGAUAAAUCGAAAAAAUUCCGAUUGGAGUGAAUUCUAUGAUGAUAACAAUUACAGCUACUAUAAUGGUACAAUUGAUUACAAUACAAGUUAUUAUAUUUUCAAUGCUGUCUUUUCAAAAUUUCAUGAUAUAGUGCUUCUCCUUCAUUCGAGCUCAUCAUCAUCAAAUAUCCUUAUUGAAUCUACUCUAUUCCAUACGAAUGAAGCUGCGGGUCUCGGCUGUAACAUUCAUUCAUCCGGUCUCGGAAGUAUCAUACAGAAAAGAAUUUGCGCAUAUAAUUGCACAAAUAAAGGAAUUGGUCAGCAUUGCUAUAUUCUAAAUUGGGAUUCUUCUAUAUCGAAAAACUAUAAUAUUGAGUCAUCAUAUCUGAAUUUAGGAAAUUCGAUAGGACAAAGUACAAUAUACCAUGGAUCAGGUGAAAUUAUUAUAAAGAGAAUUAAUAUUUCAUGUAGUAAAACAGAUUCUGGAUCAGUAAUUCAACUCGGUCAAACUAAUUAUGAAGGUAAUAUCACAUUUUCUAUUUUGAAUAGAAAUACAGCUUCAUAUCAACACUGCCUUCGUUUAAAUAGUAAUAAACCAUAUUCAAUAAUUAACUGUGAUAUAAAAAAUAAUACAGUUCUUAAUCAAUUUAUAUUUGCAGAAUCUGGAGAAUUUACCUUCAAAGAUUGCAUUAUCAUAAAGAAUAAUGCAGUAAAUACUUUUUAUGGAGUUGAAUCUAGUAAAUCCAUAUUAAUUCAUUGUUAUUUGGAAAUAAAUGGGACAUUUGAAUUUGUUGAAAUUGAGAGUCUCUCAGCAAGCUCUUUUGAAAAUGAAUUAUACUUCUUUAAAACAGCAGAGUGCAAUGUUGAAAAAGAUUUAUUGGAAAUGAAUUUGCAUUCUAAGCUCAUAUCUUUGUUUAAAUUAAUGUUAUGUAAAUUAAAUUUGAUUCCUACGCUCCUUAAAUAA